UGCCCGUGGGUUCGUUACCUAGUGUAGCGUAUCGUAUAUACCGUAUGAUACGAUACAUGGAUAUGUACGGUACGGUACAUGUACCUUUUCUAGGCCCUGCGUCUUCCCAUUCCGCAGCAAUAACACGCUGGAGAAGAAAUGCUCUGACAUCCCCUUCGCAUUCGCCUUAUGUAUGAAAUGGAGAAAAAGGAAGUUCUCUUCCCUUCAAAAAAAGCAUAUUCGAAUUCCAAAGCCCACAAACCAUGGAAGACAUCCGCUCUUAUCGGCCCACCGUUCUCCGAGAUGGGUCGGACCCAGACACCCAAGAGCCCAAGGGAAGCGUAGGGAAGAGGGUCGAAAAAGAAUUUUUCUCCCGGUCCCAUUAGGAACCAUCUCGAGAGUCGAGAUACAAUACGGGUUUAGGUUGGGAGAACCAGUAAGCUUAAAUUUCGUUCCUCUCCAUCGGAGAAAGCAAAGAAGCUUCGGCAGUGCACAAAGGAAUCGAGACCACAUAGCAUGUAUACAUAUGUAAUGUACAUAUAUAUAUAUGUGUAUGGCUCCUUUUCCAUCUUCAAAGUGGCAUUUCCAUGAAAGGCGUAUUUCUAUUCCUUCCGCCAUAUCCUCAACGGUAAUGGGGCCGGCGAUAAGACAAUUAAUGCUCUUUCGGAACCGAAACUGACCCGACGAAUGAACAUGAUUCGUUGAACGAUUUGAGGCUCAAGUCAGCCCAGGAGGCUCGUGUGUUUCCAAGAACAGACAAGCAGUGGAAAACCCCACCCAAUGCAUAUUUAUUAUUAUAUACAAUAUAUAUAGUUAAGUCAGUAAAUAUUUAUUCAAUUU